UGUUACGAUCCAACAUCAUCUUUUUAUCCAAAUUGCUGCUCAGCAUGUACGGUAUUAGUUGUUCUUAUUUAGUCAAGGAUUGGAUCGGUGAUAUUAUUUAUUUAUUUUCUCUUCCGCAGACUCUUCUAAACCCUUCUUAGUCCCAGAUCCCCGCACUCAGCCUACGAAAGGCUCUAUUUCUUUCCCUUAACCUUCUUCCCCAUUUCGCAUCUGUACGCUGGUGCUUUAGAUUUCACAGGAGGGCCAUUAUGACGUCGUCUCGAAUAACAAUAUCAGAAAUUCCCAAUUUAUCUCUCCUCUACAAGCUUAAACAUUUGAUCCCCGCCUCAAGUCCCCGGGUUUCCAAUCCCUCUCAACUCCUCAACAACUCGAUCUGUCUGAUUGCGAGCGAUAUCACAAAACUUGAAGUCGACUGCAUAGUAAAUGCAGCUAACAAGUCAUUGCUAGGAGGUGGCGGUGUUGAUGGGGCAAUCCACCGUGCAGCUGGUCGCGGCCUUCUUCAGGAAUGUCGUGCGUUGGGAGGUUGCGCUACAGGAGAUGCCAAAAUAACCAACGCUUAUAACCUUCCCUGUCGAAAGGUCAUUCACACUGUCGGUCCCAUGUUUUGGGCAGAUGAGGGCAGGGAAUCGCUUUUACGCAAUUGUUAUAUGCGCAGUUUAGCACUCGCUGCAGAAAGUGGUUUGAAAAGCAUUGCGUUCUCAUCAAUCAGCACAGGUGUCUACGGGUAUCCGAGUCUGCAGGCAGCAGAGGUCGCCAUUUCUGCAGUAAAGCAAUUUCUAGAAACAAGUUCCAAGCGUCUAGAACGGGUGAUAUUUUGCACUUUUGAACAAAAGGACACAGAUGCUUACCACACGCUUCUCCCAGAAUAUUUCCCACCAACAGAGCAAGAUCUAUCAACGGAGACAGAGAAAGACCGUAAAGAGUCAUCCCACCCGUCAUCCUCACCAGCGACACUCGCAGCUAGCCUGCCUGAUGCCCCUACCACAGAGCCUACCUUGGAAGGUCAGCGAGAUGCUAAGAAGCCCAGGGUUGGUACCAAUGUUUCAGGGAGUCGAGUUCUUGACAAGGAUGGCGAGAGAAGUGAGGAUGACUGGGAGAAGGUUGAGCAAGCCGAAGUGACAAACACAUCGGCGGAGCGCCUCGAUGAUGAGCCUGUUGAACUGGACGAUGCCCCUACUUCGGCAGAUGUCCAAAGCGUCGUGUCCAGCACUGUGGACCUCAAGGAAAGCAACUCUGCGGAAGGGAAGAAAUGAGAAUAUUAAUGAAAAAGAGCCAUAGAUAGUUAUAGCCUUCGUUUCUUUUCUUUUCUUUGCUUCUCUCUCUCUCUCUCUCUCUCUCU